AUAUAGAAACCACAAGAUCGUUUUAUUCAUAUGUUCAGAUAGUUUCUGUCUUGUUUUAAUUUGCGUUGAUUGUACAGGGUAAUUUACAAAUUAAACUAAGUUUUGCUUUCAAACAGGAAUAGCAGCACUUUUAAAUCAGUAAACAUGGUCGUUGAUACGAUUCCAUGUGUUAUCCUGCUAGUCCUUUGCUGUCUGACUGGAAGCGAUGCUGGUUCCUGUUCAAUUACAGCACUAUGCGAGAAUUCUAUCCCAUCUGAAAGCAACCAAUGCGGGAAAGCAGGGACCUGGCGAAACGAACUGUCAUCUGUCAUGAAGUUCACUUGCAGAGAUGGUCAAAUUGAAGGGCAAUACUGUAGCUCGGUAGGUAAGGCAAGCUACAAUUACCCAAUGGCUGGACGCUACCUGCAAGCUGAAAAGAACACGACCAUGCUUGGAUGGACCGUCUCGUGGGCGAACAAGGAACAAGGAAACAGCGAGUCGGCAACCUCGUGGACGGGCCUCUCGUACGGGGGCCAGAAUACCAUUCACACACAGUGGCUCCUCACCAUGUAUUCCCCUGUUCUGUGGAACUCCACCUUGCUCAAUACGGAUACAUUCACACAAAAUAUGUUGAGAGCGUUAUAGACAUAACGUUAAUUUCACAACGCUUCUAUAGAUUUCAUCCUUGCAAAUAAACAGUAUGAAAUGUGUUUGUUCUGUACUUUGGUGCUAUGGUAUUUAUGCAUCUAAUAUUGGAAAUAUAUGUAUGAUUGUUGAUUGGCUUAAAGUAAAAAUCUGAUUCGGAA